GAAAUAAAUUUCUCAUAUUCCUCUCCUCAAACAUUUGGUUCAUACGAUAUCGAAUCUCUAAAGAAAAGAACCAUCAUUUACUUCGACAUCAUUCAAGCCCUUCUCCCUUUAAUAAAAGCAUCGUUCGUCUCAAGAAAAUGUCACCAUUAUCAAAUUCAUAUCGACCAGCAUUCGCGCACUGUUCGGACACAACUCAACGCGUCAAUCAAGCUCUUAACUUCUUCGCUCGUCACAAUAAUUUUACCAAGUUUCCCGAAGGAAUGGAAUGUAUCACAAGCAAAGCUAUGAAGGUGACAAACGACCAAGCUGCUGCUGGUGCAUGGGCAAUGAUGUCUGCUCUCCUCUUUAUCUUUCUAAUGAUUAUUCUCAAUUGCAAUUUCAAAUACAUGAAUUGGUCAGGUCCUGAUCGUAACUUUGAGCAAGAGGAAGAAGAAAAAACUCCAUUUCUUGCACAGGAAGAGAAAAGCAUUUAGGGCAUACCCGGGGGAAGAUCUUCGAGAUUAAGAUAUUUCGGGAGUUUAGGAGUUUAGGAGUUUAGGGUGAAUGAAAGAUAUGCGGGCA